AUGAGUAAUGAUAAGGACAAUAUCAACUUCGAUGAUCUCACUGCUGCUCUUAAGGGUGAGGAUCGAGCAGGUCUUGUGAACGCUAUUAAGAACAAGCUGCAGAAUCUGGCAGAUCCUUAUUCUGAUGUGCUCGAGAAUUUGACUCAUAAAAUCAGAAGGCGUGUUGAGGUCUUGCCAGAGAUUCAGGUUAGAAAGAAUUGCCAUUUACAUUUUUUCGAGUUUGAUGUUCAUGGUUAUGCGGCUGCCAAGAAUGAGUUACUUGUUAAGCAUCUUGAAUCUUACUAA